AUGCUAUCAAAACCUAAAAGUUACACUAUCUUUGCCUCUCUUAUUUCUCUGGGUGGUUUCCCCAAUGGCUACGAUACAGGAUCCAUCGGUGCAAUCACAAGUAUGCCAUCUUUUACCUCAAAAAUAGGAGAUCUAUCGCCCCUACUCCAUGGUUUCACAGUUUCAUUAAUCAUGAUGACUGGAGCUAUGCCCUCUAUUUUCGGUGGUAAACUGGCUGAGAGAAAUGGCCAUCUUUAUGUGAUUAUGGCUGGAUCGCUUAUUUUUGCAUUCGGAACGGGAAUGGAAGCUGGUGCAGAUGGAUUGGGGGUUCUGUUGGCGGGAAGAGCACUCGCUGGUUUAGGUGAGGGCUUGUGGUUGGGGUGUGUUAGUGUAUAUAUCACUGAGACAGCUCCAUGUGCAUCGCGAGGAAUGCUCGUUUCGCUACCACAAUUCAUGUGCACAGCUGGUUGGAGAAGGGAAGAAGCAUUACGGGCACUAGGAAGAUUGGGGAUUGAGAAAGAAGAAGCAGAGAAAGAUAUUUUGGUUCCAGUUCCAGUUGCUGUGGAUGUGAAGAAGGGAAUCAGGGGCUUCUUGAGAAUUUUCGAGAAAGAGUAUAGGAGCAGAACUUUCUUGGCAGUUUUCUUGUUGGGGGCGUUGCAAUUAAGUGGGAUUGACGGAGUUUUAUAUUACGCACCAACUCUCUUCGAAACUGCGGGUUUACCCGGGACAACGUCCACGUUUCUCGCUUCGGGUGUGAGUGCCAUACUCAUGGUCGCCAUCACCAUCCCAGCUACCCUUUACGUCGAUCGAUGGGGGCGUCGUACAUCCGGUCUUGUUGGCAGUAGCAUACUAUCCUCGUCGAUGUUCAUUAUCGGCGCACUAUAUCUUUCGGAUUCUGUUCAUCCCUAUGGGGUUGCAGUCAUAGGAAAGAUUUAUGCUAGCGAGAUUCAACCUAUGAAGACUAGAAAUGAGGCGAAUAGUUUGGCUCAGGGGGUGAACUUUUUCGCAAAUUGGUUGGUGGCAUUCUUGACACCGAUUUUUCUGGCUCAUUCUAGUUAUGGUGCUUAUUUUAUGUUUGGAGGCUUCUCAUUGCUAGCCGUUUUUGUAAUGGCUAUCUGGAUGCCAGAGACGCGAUUGAGGUCUUUAGAGGACAUCCAAGCUGGGUUCCAAAGACUCACGACGAAGGGGGGCAUCAAUGAUGAAAAUGCUGGUGGAAAGAUGAAUGGCAAGAUGAGGUUGAGGAGAUUAUUGAAGGGACCGAUCUUGGUAGGUGUGGAGACACAGACGGAAGGCGUGGUAUCAGGAAGCGGAAGGGAUACUAGUGAUCUAGGGCCGAUGAGGAUUGAGUUGAGUAGUGUUUAA